AUGGAGAGAUUUUCUCUGGUAUGUAAAGCUAUGUUUUGCUUUUUCUCGGUGACACAGCGUUACGGUAAGAUCGGAGUAGCGAUUGAAUCGGAUCAGUGGUAUCUAAAAGUGGCACUCAGUUUGGUGGUGCAAGGCGCCGAGCUACUGCUGUACCCAAGUGCCAUGGGUAGCAACCAGUAUGAUCCAAACUUUGACCCGCGUGAUCAGGGCAACGAGUGA